CGGAAAUAUUGGGUGAGCCCGUAUAUCAAGGAACGCUCCUACAAAGGCCGCUAUGCUUCAGACUUUCAGAACUUGGUUAAAACCCCAUCCAUGUUCUUCGAAAACUUCCACAUGCCGGAGAGCACCUUCAACGCACUCUUUGGAUUGGUGGAGCAGUACCUUAUCCCGAAACGGAACACCCGGCCAGAUGCCAAACCGCUAAAAGCGAAGUUGGCCAUCGUUUUGGAAUUUCUUGCUUCUGGAAAUCUGCAACGCCAUGUUGGAUCUACUUAUCGGAUCAGCAAACAACACUUCGGAAUCGUCCUCGACCAGGUUUGUACAGCAAUUUGGACUGCGUUGCAAGGGGAAUUUCCGAAGUGGACAACCGACAACAUGCUGAGGUGGGCGAAAGACUUCGAAGACGAAUGGAACUUUCCAAACUGUCUUGGGGCCGUCGACGGGAAGCAUGGGCGAUAAAGGCCCCCACUAAUAGCGGAAGCCUUUUUUACAAUUCGAAGGGAUUUCAUUCGAUUGUUCUUAUUGCAAUCUGAGACGUUCACUACCGGUUCACUUAUAUAGAGGCCGGGGCGUUCGGAGCGAGGGUGACAUGAACGCAUUUUCCCACAGUACGCUUGGAAAACGCCU